ACAAACUGUUUGCUUCCUCCAGUCGCAGCUCGCAGGAGUGGAGCGGUGGAUUUUGCUUUAGCUGGGCGCUGUUGGGCAUGACUCUCUCCGGCGGACAUCCACUCUGACCGGCGCUUUGUGUUUGGCGAACAGGAGCAUCCAGAACCACGUCGCGUCUUUACUGAGGUUUUCUGAGGAGAAGCGGGUCGCCACAGAUAGACUGAGGUUCGGCUGCGCCUUGAGCCCAUGAAAACGGGAGCUGGGGGAGAAAAGCAGGACAAGUCACAAUCAGUUUCACCUGAACAAAGACGAGCAACAAAGGGAUCCGCAUGGGUCAGGGAGAGGCUUCAGCUCGGGGGACGACCAUGGAGGGCGACUGCCUCAGCUGCAUCAAGUACCUCAUGUUUGUCUUCAAUUUUCUCAUCUUUCUGGGCGGCUCGUUCCUCCUGGGCGUGGGCGUGUGGGUUCUGGUGGACCCAACUGGGUUCAGGGAAAUUGUAGCGGCCAACCCUUUGCUGUUCACCGGCGUCUACAUCAUCCUGGGGAUGGGAGGCAUGCUGUUCCUGCUGGGCUUCCUGGGCUGCUGCGGAGCCAUUCGGGAGAACAAGUGUCUGCUUCUCUUCUUCUUCAUGCUCAUCCUGCUCAUCUUCCUGGCAGAGCUGGCCGCUGCCAUCCUCGCCUUCAUAUUCCGGGAACACCUGACCAGAGAGUACUUCACCAAGGAGCUGAAGAGUCAUUAUCAGGGCUACAACAACAGCGACGUCUUCACCUCCACAUGGAACGCCAUCAUGAUCACAUUUGACUGCUGUGGAGUGAACAGCCCAGAGGAUUUUAAGGACAGCCUGUUCAGGCUCAACAACCAGAAUCACAUGGUGCCAGAAGCCUGCUGCCAGCGCAUUCUGCAGAGCGAAGAGAGGGUCUACUCCGGCCAGGAGCAGUGCCUAUCAGGCAAUAUGAUGUUCCGCAACAACAAGGGCUGCUACUCUGCCGUAGUCGACUACUUCGAGCUGUACAUCUACGUCGCCGGAGCGCUGGCUAUUGUGGUGUUAACCAUCGAGCUCUUCGCCAUGGUCUUUGCCAUGUGUCUCUUCCGGGGAAUCCAGUAGAAGUGCUUCAUUUGCAAAUCACUUUUUUUUUUAAACUAAAAGGGAAUUCAGGAGAAAACAACAAAACGGACAUUUGUAAAUUUGUGGAUCUCCUUUUUUUUAAUUGUCCAAUUGGUUUAAAAAACAACAACAAGAAGAAAAAAGGCAAACUCUCGUACUUCACAGCUGGACUUUUGAGGUACUGGGUGAUUAAAAAAAAAAAAAAAGAAAACCAGACACGGAAACCGCUGAGAAAGUUUAAAAAUCAAAGAUAAA